GGGCGCCGCUCGCCGCUCGCAGAGCGUUCCGCGAGCUGCGGGCCGGGCCCCGGCGGAGCGACGCUCCUCUGGUGCGCGUCGCGCCUCUCCGCCGCUGCCGCCUCUCGGUCGCCAAGGCUCGGGCCGUUGAGGGCGAGUUAACAAGUUACGACUCCGGCCAAAGCCCGACGAGCCCACGCGGGAUCUCGCCUCCACACCCCCGGCGCGUGGGGACCGCGAUGCAGCGAGAGCUCUACGAGGUCUGAGCCUCGCGGCUCCCUGUACCUGACCCCGGCGUGGACGCGUUCCCGCGCCUGCCGGCGUGAGGGGUCUGCGCGCGCGCCCCCGCGCAGGCGCACGGAGCCGAGGCCGCGCCGCCAUGGGCGAGGCUGGCGGCGCUGAGGAGCCGCGCCGGCACGUGGGGACGAAAGAAGAGUUUGUCAGGGUGAGAAAGAAGGACCUGGAGCGCCUGACCACCGAGGUGAUGCAGAUACGGGACUUCCUGCCCAGGAUACUCAACGGGGACGUGCUGGAGAGCUUCCAGAAGCUGAAGAUGCUGGAAAAAAACCUGGAAAGGAAAGAGCAAGAAUUGGAGCAACUGCGAAUGGAUUGUGAGCACUUCAAAGCCCGCCUGGAGUCUGUGCAAGCGGACAGCGUGCGAGAGAAGAAGGAGAAGCUGGCUCUUCGACAGCAGUUGAAUGAAGCAAAGCAGCAGCUCCUGCAGCAGGCAGAGUAUUGCACAGAAAUGGGGGCAGCAGCCUGUACCAUUUUGUGGGGCGUCUCCAGCAGCGAGGAAGUGGUCAAAGCCAUCCUGGGAGGCGGUAAAGCUGUGAAGUUUUUCAGCAUCACUGGCCAGACAAUGGAGAGUUUUGUGAAGUCGCUGGACGGGGAUGCCAAGGAGCUGGACUCGGAUGAAAAUCAGUUUGUCUUCGCCUUGGCCGGGAUCGUCACGAAUGUUGCUGCCAUAGCUUGUGGCCGUGAGUUCCUGGUCACCUCCAGUCGGGUGCUCCUGGACACCAUACUGCAGCUUCUGGGGGACCUGAAGCCAGGACAGUGUACCCGCCUCAAAGUAUCCGGAUGCGGAGGUGUGUCUUCAUGUUCUGAGACUUGUCCAGUCUGUGGUUCUGGAGCCAGAAGUCUUCUCCAAGUCGGCCUCGGAGCUCCGCAGCUCCCUGCCCCUGCAGCGCAUCCUGGCCAUGUCCAAGAGCCGCAACCCCCGCCUGCAGAGCGUGGCCCACGAGCUCCUGGAGGACCUCCGUGCUCUGGAGCGCGACGCCUAGGCCGCUCGGGGGCCCGUCUUCUCCCAGGCCCCCGCUCUGUGUCCGGAACCACCAGCCAGUGCCGUGUGUCCCAAAUGGCACGGUGGGGGUGACUAGAGGUGGGUGCGGAUGGAUACGUGUCUGUGCAGCUUCCUGCUGGAGGGGGCUUGGUCACUUUUCCCCAGGGGAGCCUGAGAAGGGGUCCCCUCUGCGAAGGCCCAGGUCAGCCUCCCCCAGAAGGAGGCCUGCCUAGCUCGGCUUCUGCUGCUCGGGGACCUCAGACGGCCGCUCCCCCUUCAACGCCACCCACCCUCCUGGUCAGCAGGUUCCUGAGAUACGUUUUCUUGGAAAGCAAUUCAUUCUUUCUCUAAUGACCAUAAUUAAUCUCCCCCAAUCCAAGUUGACUUUUAAACCUUUGGCGAACCUGCUAUUUCAAUGACUGGACGUUUGAAUUCUAUGUUUUGGUGCCUCUUUUUUGAAUAAAGAAUGUCAGAAGGGUCA